AAACGGAGGGCGAUGGUGGACAUGGACCUGGACGACCUCGACGGUCUUACCCAGGCUCCAAAAAGAACCACCAGAUUCGCCCCCAAAAACUCUAAAUUCAAUCCCAAACCCAAAACAGAACCGGCGUUAUCCGAACCAGUUCCACCACACUCGGAGAAAUUCGAUUCCAUUUCUUUGAUAAAGAAAGAGGAACUAGAUUCCAAACCAUCUUCAGUUGAUUCCACCACCGCCAAGGCUGAUUAUGAAGCCUUCCCGCCCUCCUCUUCCUCCUCCGCCGCAAACGGCGUGGUUGAAAUGGAUGUCGAAGCCAAGACUGAAGGGAAAGAACAGCCGAUAAAUAAUGAUCCCAUGGAGGUCGAAAGUGGUGAAGAUGAAGUUGUUCGAGAAAUUGAUGUCUAUUUCACCCCUUCCACUGAUACCAACUCUCAGUUAUAUGUUCUGCAAUAUCCACUGAGGCCGAUGUGGCGUCCUUACGAGUUGGACGAACGAUGCGAAGAGGUUAGGGUGAAACCUGCAAGUGCAGAAGUUGAGGUUGAUUUGGAAGUUGAUGUUGAUUCCAAAAAUUAUGAUCCUGACGCUGAUCGAAGACUGAGGAUGUCUAAGCAGACGUUGUCAUCUUCAUGGAAGCCACCUCACACAACUGGUCGCUAUGCUGUUGGGGUUCUCGUGGGCAACAAGUUACACCUCAAUCCUAUUCAUGCAGUUGUGCAGCUGCGACCGUCAAUGCGACAUCUUAAAUCUUGGAGUUCAAAUAAUAAACACAACGUAACUAGCAAUGUUGAGGAUACAAUUGAAUUAGAAAAGCUUACAGAAGAAAAGCCCUUGGGGCCAUCAAAUAAACAGAAGAAGCAGCUGGGGGUUUCGAGUGAGCAGAAGCAGCAGCUAGGAGUUUUGAGUGAGCAGAACAAGGAUAUUGGAGAGAGUUGGGUUCCGCUAAAGUAUUUUGGUUCAAAGAGUGAUGUCUCAGCCAGAUAUCUAGAGAACAUGGUGGCACAUGAAGGCUCUCCUAUACAAUUUUUAAUGAGCCCGUACGAUUAUGUUAACUCCUUGUGUCCUAGCUCAUCAAAUGAGAACAACAAAACCAAAGGUCCUUCUAGAAGGUUUUUGCUUUCGUUGCCACUGGAAGAUCGGUAUAAGACUUGGCUUCUUGAGGGGCCACCAGUACAUCGGUUCGACGCUCUUAAGCACCUAGCUCCUAGUGACUCCAUUGAAGACGUGUUAGGAGUCCUCCAAAAGCUUGCUCAAUUAGUUCAAGGACUAUGGGUUCCAAAGAGUUCUGUUCUAUAUGGAAGAGAUGGAGGUGUUGAAGCGUUAGCUAGAGAUUACAUUCUUCUUUUGUUCAGCAAAAAUCCCGUUAUCAAUAAUGCACAGUUACCAUCACAGCCUCAACUUGGCAAAGCCAUGAAAGGCAUACUGAAUGUAUUAGCUGUUGAGAGGCCGGCCUUCAAUGAUUGGAAAUUUAAAGAGCCACAAGAUAUGUCAUUCAUAAAACUACAUUCCAAUAUUGUUAAGGAGCAAGAACAAGCCUGGGAACGUUUGGAGAAGGCGAUAACUGAUCAUGUCUUUGGAGGGAGAAGCAGGCCUGGUAUGAAAAAUUCUCUGAAACCUAAUUCAGAUGAUAGGCCUGUAACUUUGAAGAAUUCUAAUAAAGUUGCAUCAAGAAAAUUUAAUGGAACACCCUCUAGAAUGCCGAUGUCAGAUGAAACUCGUGAAGCUCUGCCAAAGGCCCUUCAGAAACUUCUCCAGACUUACAAGGUUUGCAGCUUUCAACAAAUUUGCCAACGCUUGCGGGAAAUGGCAGUAUCUGAAUCAGCCCGUCCGAAGGGAGUUGCUAGAGAGGCAAUAGCUGCAGCAAAUGGUGUUGAUGCUCCUCCGGAGGAGCUUCUGACAAUCAUUAGUCAAGUUGCUAUAAAUAUCCAUGAUGUCUUUGUUUUAAAGUCAUCCCUAGACCACCCACAAUAUGAUGAAUUGAGGAAAGUUGUUAUUGAUCUUUUUAUUGCUGAAGGGCGUAAUGCAAAGCUUAAAAAGGCUGCUAUUGUUGAAGCUGCCAAGAUGCGACUUAAUAGGGAGAUAACUCCCAAUGAAUAUCAAAAGGUCUUAAGUGAAUUAUGUGUAUCACAAGGUUCUGCAUGGGUCCUGAAAAGCGGUGAUGGAAAUCCAAAAUAGUUGUAGGUGAUGAAAUUUUCUAUGAAAGUACUAUCUAUUGUUUGAUUGAAGUAUUUGAUAUCGAAGGGGAAAUUUUUUUUACCAACAUAUGAAAUAUUUGACACAUGUAGUUAGAUGAUUUAUUCAUCUCCUAAUCUGCUUUUUCACAAUAAUGAGAGAUUGAUGUUGGUUCUGGUUUGUAAACAUGGGCUGAGAUCCAUGCUUGAAACCUUUGUAGAUGAUAACUUGUUGCUAUUAGUGUGUUACUGCUUACUACUCAAAGCUUGAUCCUCUUGUAGUUGCCUGUUUUGUCAUUUUUCUCACAGUGGACUGUUUUGUCAUUGGCUUUAAUCAAACAACUGAUUUUCUGUUUGCUUUGCUGUUUCCAGGGUACUCAGUUGGGCCCUAGGUGAUUUUUGAGAUUUGUGCUAA